CAUAUCUACACAUUUAAUGUAUUUUUCACAUAUGCAAUUCAUAGCCCAGGGGGUAUCAAGAACUCUAUACAUACAUAACUCUGUUUCCCCCUAAAGAAUUUAAAUUUAGAUUUUGUUAGUAAAAUAUGGGAGCGAAUAAAAUCACUGUGAUCGCCUUGUCUUCUAUUGUCCUGGUGGCAGUGGUAGUGGCAGUGGCAGUCAGUGUAAAUAAAGGUGGCGGUGACGGAGGUGGUGGUGGAGGUGGCGGAGGUGGUGGAAUUGCGACUGCCAGCAAAUCUGUUAAGGCCAUGUGUCAACCUUGUGAUUACAAAGAAACUUGUGCAGAGAGUCUUUCUGGUGCCAACUCAACAGACCCUAAAGAACUCAUGAAAGUUGGUUUUGAGACGGGUGUGAAGCACCUCAAGGAGGUGAUUGACAACUCUGCAACCCUCAAAAAUGCUGAGAAAGAUCCACGUACUUCAGAUGCUUAUGGCCUCUGUAAAGAUCUUUUAGAAACUGCCAUUGAUGAUCUGCAUAGAUCUUUUGAUAAAGUAUCUAAGUUCGAAGUGGCCAAGAUGGAUGCCUAUAUUGCUGACUUGAAAACAUGGCUUACUGGAGUGGGAACUUAUCAAGAAUCUUGUAUAGACGCGUUCCAGAACACUUCAGGAGAUGCAGGCGAAAAGAUGAAGAAACUUUUGAAAACCUCUUCUGAGAUUUCUAGCAAUGCACUAGCCAUGGUUUCUGAGGCGACAUCAAUGAUUUCUCAGUUGGACAUCCCGGGACUGACUCACAAAGAGAGGAGAUUGCUUUCCACGGAGUAUCCUGACUGGGUUGAUCAUCCUCAGAGGAGACUGCUUCAGGCGAAUCCUAAGCCUAAUGCUGUCGUUGCACAGGACGGGUCAGGCCAGUUCAAGACUGUCAAUGAAGCCCUCAAAACAGUCCCUCUGAAGAACACAGCUCCCUUUAUCAUUCAAAUUAAGGCUGGUGUUUAUAAAGAGUAUGUCGAUGUCCCGAGGCAUGUAGACAAUGUCGUCUUCAUAGGUGAGGGCGCCACCCAAACCAAGAUCACCGGGAACAAGAACUUCAUUGACGGAGUCAAUACCUACAAAACUGCAACCGUUGCCGUGAAUGGUGACGGAUUCAUAGCCAAGGACAUCGGAUUCGAGAACUCAGCAGGAGCCAACAAGCACCAAGCAGUGGCACUUCGUGUAUCAGCCGAUAGAACCAUCUUCUACAGAUGUCAACUAGACGGUUACCAAGACACACUCUACACACACACCUACCGUCAAUUCUACCGCGAAUGCACAAUCACAGGCACAAUCGACUUCAUCUUUGGCGACGCAGCCGCAGUUUUCCAGAGCUGCACAAUGAAGGUGAGAAAGCCAAUGGACAAUCAGGGCUGCAUGGUAACAGCCCAAGGCCGCAAAGAGAAGCGUGGCACUGGUGGCAUCAUUCUCCAAAACUGCACUAUUUCCGCGGAGCCAGACGUGAUGUCGAUGAACCCUGCACCGAAGCAGUACCUAGGAAGGCCUUGGAAAGAAUUUUCAAGAACAAUUAUUAUGCAGUCAUUCAUCGAUAAAAACAUAGUCCCUGAAGGAUGGUCACCUUGGACUGGGAAUUUCGGACAGGACACAUGUUUCUACGCGGAGUUUCAGAACAGAGGACCAGGAUCAGACACAUCUCAACGAGUCAAGUGGAAGGGUAUACAAGCUAUCAAAGAUCAAGAUGCUGAGACCUUUACUGCAAGUAAAUUUAUUCAAGGUGACACAUGGGUUAAAACUAGUGAUGUUCCUUAUGAUCCUGCAAUGAUGAAGGUGUAAAAAUAUUUUGUACAUAACAGAUCGAGUAGCUGUAUAUGCCAAGGUUUCGUAUAGUUUUUGUAGGUUCAAAUAAAGGAUCGGAUGAUGCAUGUUGAUCCAAUAACAUCCUGAUAGAAAUGUACAAUUUUUUUUGACA